AGUAUAAAAAGCAUAUAUAUAUGCAAUAUAUGUACGUAGGAAUACCUUGUAAAAGAGGAUUAUCUCAUCUGAAUUACGUUUAAAUAGCAUUCCUUAGGUACAUCCAAAAAGUACAAAAAAAAAGAUCACUCAAGAAUUGCAGAAAUUGUAGAAAUUGCAGAAUUUUGCAAAACACUGCAAAUCAAUAAGCAUUACCCGAACAUCAUUACCAUUAGAAGCCAACCUUUUGGGGGAUAUUUCUAACCUCACGUGGAAACUCCUACGCAUACCAUUUAGUUUAGCGACAAAAUGAAGCUCAAAUUAAACUUCGCGAAAAAGAAAAAAGGGUUUGACUGCUCCAUAAUCGAAGGUUGCAAAUCCCUUGUGGGGAAACUCUUCGGAAGCGGUGUUGACAAAUAUUUUAGAAUAGUUAACAUUGCAAUAGUUGCAAUAUUCGUCACUGUUUUGAAUUAUAUAUACGCCUUUGAUACAAAAUAUGCAAAGAAGAAGGACAAAAACUUGCUCUACAUGUACUACGGAUUUUUAGUAUGUCUUGUGGGGUUCGCCAUCAGCAUUAACUGGAUAUACUUCGAGUAUUCCAAAAAUAAGAAAAAGAAAGGAUCCCCCUUGGAAGUUAAAAUGGGGAGCAAAAAAAAAUAAAUGAAAGCCCAAUUUUGUCCUACGCUAUUUGUAAGUUUCUCACCUGGUCGAUGUAAUAUACAAUGGUUUAUAAUUCAGUAAAAUAUCCCGAUCUCCUUGUUUAACUUCCUUUUUGGGACUUUUUUUAAAUUUCUGUGAUUAAAUGUUUUGUAUAUGGAUUAUAUACGUACAUGUAUGUAUGUUAUAUAGAC